AUGGACUCCGCCGCCGCUGCCAUCACGUGGCUCUUGAGAGUGCUCAGCACUCUAGCCCAGGCCAUCUUCGCCAAGGUCUCGGCCUACAUCCCGGUGCUGCUGGUCUUUGACUUCGUCGUCACCACUUGGGUCGUUUGUCACGUUCUGGUUACGGUGCACCUCCUGCCUGCCUUGAGAGCCCCGCCCGUUUGGGUUGAACCUCUCUCCUCGACCGCCGCUACUGCCAGUGUCCUUCUCGGUGUUUACUUCUUCGUUUUCGUCCAUACCCUUGGCCCGCUCUGCGUGAUUUGGGUGUAUUCCUGGCGUAUAGUCAGACACGGGUAUACCUUUCCGGAAGGGGCGAAGUUUUUCUUGAAGCCGGUCAUGCAGGCACUGCCAAACGAGGACAAUGCGCGCCAUUGGUUUACCGAGGGACUCCGUCCGAACCUUUGCCGCCACUGUCUCUUCUUCUCUGACCCGGAGUCUGGCGAGGGCCCCCGGCCUAUUCUGGACAGAAUAUACCACGGGAAGACCUACGAGGGCAAGGACCUGGGCUGCAUUCCCCUGUUCGAUCACUGGUGCUGGUGGUUGUGGACGGCGGUGUCGCUCCAAACCCAGAAAUCCUACCUCCUUUUUACGGUGUGGAUUUUGAUCUACCAUCUGUUCUCUCUCGGUACGAUUCUCUGGGCGAUCCCCUCCUGGUCAACUCGGUGGGUUCUGGCUCCUGUUGUUGUGGCUGCUGCAUCUCUCCCCUUUGUUUUCUUUUGGGUCAAGAGGGCUCCAUUUCGGGGACAGUGGCUCAACCAGGCCUGCCGAAACCAGACCCAUUUGGAGACCGGAAUCUUCAUCCGCGGCCGCCCCAAGCCCGCAUGGCCCAUGGUGAUCAAUGGGAGCAACGGCUUCGAACAUGUCUUGGUCGAUUUCAAUCCCUGGGACUUGGGCUUGAUCGGCAACCUUCGAGCAGCUCUCGGCGACAGCAUCUGGGAAUGGCCAUUCUUCUGGAGAAUCCCGCGCCGCGUGUGGGAGUACGGAACCAGCCCCUCUGAGGACCUUCCUUUCGGCCCCAAGUGGGCAGCGUUCAUGGAAGCGCGCUCUCUGACUCUCCCGCCGAGCAUCGACCUGACGCCACUCCCCCCGGCCCUCCGCAACCCCGUCUCCCGCCGCCGACACGGGUUCAGUUCAGAGGACUAG